AUGUUUAAAGAGAAGAAUCCAGGUUCAGUGACUUUUAUUGAAGUUGAUUCUGUGGGGAAAUUCAAAUAUGCAUUUUUGUCGUUUGGUCCAACUAUCAGAGGGUUUAAGCUGAUGAGGAAGGUACUUUCUAUUGAUGGUGCACAUCUGAAAUCAAAGUAUAAAGGAACUCUACUUGCUGCGACAACACAAGAUGGUAAUUUUCACUUGUAUCCUAUAGCUUUUGCUAUAGUUGAUUCUGAGAAUGAGGCCUCAUGGAGUUGGUUUAUGACGUGUAUGAAAACCAUCAUUCCUGACGAGGAGGAUCUGGUUUUUAUCUCUGAUCGUGCAGCCUCUAUUGAAAAAGCUCUCUUACAACAUUAUCCUCUUGCUCACCAUGGUAUUUGCAUCUUCCAUUUUGAAAAGAAUGUCCUGGACAAGUUUAAGAGUACAACACUUAUCCCAUUGAUUGUUGAGGCUGCGUAUGCUUACACCAAGGGAGAUUUCCAUUAUUUGUUUGAUGAAAUUGAGGCGUCAGACCCUGAAGUAGCUGAGUAUCUUCGUAAAGCGGACUUCAAAAAGUGGUCGCGAGCUUAUUCUCUUGCCAAUCGCUACAACAUGAUGACAUCAAACUUGGCGGAAUCAAUUAACUCUUUGCUGAAAGAGAGUCGUGAGUAUCCAAUAGUUUGUCUUUUUGACACUAUUAGGAUGAUCAUGACGAGGUGGUUCACUGAACGUCGUGAGGAAGGAACUCGUCAUAUCCACCUCUCCACAUUCAAAGUAGGGGAAAAGAUGAAGGAGUUAUAUAAUCUUAAGUCUCGCUGGCUUGAGGUUUCCAAAAUCAAUGAUUUAGAGUAUGAGGUUAAGGGAGAUACAAGAGAUCAAGUGGUGAAUUUUCAAAACAUGCAUUGUUCAUGCUUGGUGUUUGAUGUCGAGAAGUUUCCUUGUGCUCAUGCUAUUACCGCUGCAAAAGCUGGAAAUAAACAUGAAAAUGAUUAUGUCGAUGAUUUUUUCUCCAAUGAAAGGUAUAAGCAAGCAUAUUCAGAAAUUAUAUAUCGUGUUGGUGAUAAAGCAUAUUGGGAUAUUCCCUCAGAUGUAGCAAAAUUUGUUUGUCGCCCUCCAUCUACUCGCUUUCCUAGUGGCAGAAGGAAGAAAAAAAGAAUUCCAAGUUCGUGGGAGUAA